AUGACCCGAAAUCUUGUCCAGAGGUCCUUCAUUCGAAGAAGAGUCCCAAUUAGAAAUACUGGCCAUGGCGUACCGUUUAUCCUGAGAGACUCCAGAAACGCUUUUCAAAAUGUGCCGAGAUCGCCAUAUUCAACUCGUAGACAUGUGGUGCGUCCAGGUAUAUCUGAGUAUUCUUUGAGGAAUUUGAGGAAGGAUAAAAGAUCGACAUUUAUGCCUACAGAUAAAAACUACGUUCCUUUGAGGGCAUGGCAGAAAUCGAAAGUAUGGAACAAGAUAUUCAGUCCAUACUAUGACCCCAAAAAGUUUCAACCUUGGCGUCUACAAAGUACCCCUGUGCCGCUUUGGGAUAUUGCGCCUGGCUGUAUUUUGUUUCUUCCUGGUGUAGGCAAGCUGGACCCUCUGGUCUGCGUCGAACUCAAAAAAUAUGGCAACAUUGGCAUGGCUGGCCAUCCCGUCGUGGUUUUGGCAGUUGAUAUGAAAGGAGUUAACGAAGCUUUAGUUGCUGUGGCAAUAGUUAGAUCCUACUCUCAACAUAAAGAAGAGUGUCGAUUUCUUGGGUAUGACUGGUUUGAUACUAAACACUUCGAGAUACAACAGAGGGGCAUUCACGACUUACCUCCACGCCUCGGGCACAACAUAAAAACCGUACGGCUAUACAAAACCCCCUGUUCAAAUACUUCGAAAUCAGUACGACAAUUUAUUGAAACAAGUGCCAUAGCUACUGUUCCGUUCCAAUCGUUAUUGACGGAAGCCAGAUGGAACCCAAAACCUCAUUGGUGGCCUUCAUCUUGUCUUGAUGGUUGGGGUAGAAGGAUCAUAAAGGAAGAUUUCAUGCACAUCGCUGAUACUAUCGGCUUCAGCCCAGAUCCAUGGGUUAGUAGCGGUCCAUACAUGUGGAAAGAUUUUGUCCAGAAGACUGGGAUCGACACAUUUGGUCUUGACAUUGAGAAUCCCGCGCUCUACGACGAGCAAGCCUUUUACGAGCAAAUGUGGGAAGAAGGACGAGUAAAACAUAACAAGUACUUCGGAUUACCUUUAGACUACGUUUCGGGCGCAAAUGAUUAUUCGCCUUUGGGAUGGGCUUUCGAUCGUAUGCCCCAUACAGGACUCAUACGCAGGAGAGUUCACGGUAUGAAGUCUUCUUACUAUAGAAGAUUUCGCCUCGAAAUCCCAACUACAUUUCAUAUCUCUACUCAAGAUUGA